AUGCCUACCCGUAUGAACCACGCUAUCUGCGUCGUCCUCUUCGUGGAGGCGGCCAGACGAUUUGGCGAUGGCCAGAGCAUUAUGUCCACUAUAGGCCUCGACGUCGAUAUCAGCUCGCCGAUCAAGGAGCAUCUAAAGAGACUAUUGUUAUAG